AUGGAAGAAAAAACGAUAAAGAUCUACAGUAGCUACCAGAAGAUAUUGCUUGUAGGAGAGGGGGAUUUCUCUUUUUCUCUUUCUUUGGCCAAGGCAUUUGGUUCUGGUUCAAACAUGGUUGCAACUUCCCUUAAUUCCAAAGAGUAUUUAUUAGAGAAAUACUCUAGGGCUUCAUCAAACUUGAAGGAAUUGGAGGACCUUGGUUGCACCAUUAUUCACAAGGUGGAUGCCCGUACUAUGAGCGAACAUCAUCUUCUUAUAGACAAAUAUUUUGAUCGGAUUGUCUUCAAUUUCCCACUUUUUGGAAUUGUUUAUCAUGAUCUUCACAGGAUUUUGGUGUCUGGAUUUUUCAAGAAUGCAAGAAAGAUGGUCACCCAAAAUGGAGAAGUUCUUGUGACACAAAAAAGAGCUCAAUUGAUGAAACUUUUCAGUUUGGCUUUCAAAGCAAAAUUGCUAUUUUUUGGGUCGAUUCCUUUUAAUGAAGAGGACUAUCCUGGUUACGUUAAUAAGAAAGGACAUGGGAAAGAAUGCGACGAAACGUUUCCAAUUGGUGAUUCUAGAACCUUCAAAUUUCUGCGUGAUGUGGAUUUUCCAGAUCUUGGAGUUUAA